AUGUCGACGGCUAACUGUCAGCCCAUUGCUUUGAUAACUUCCAGUAAAGCACGGACCACGAGUUUAAAACGAGCCGCCUGUUGCCAUGCGCUCUUCGGUUGCUUCCGGUUCUCCUCGGCCAUCUUCGACGAGACACUGAUUGUGCUACGAUUUCGUGAAACUGCCCGUUGUGUUUCUCCCAAAAAGCAUCAAUUUGACAUAAUGUCCAUUAGAUUUAUUCUCACGUUGUCAAUCUAUUUAGCCGAAGCAGAUAUGCCGACGAUUAGAUUAGAAGGAAAAUUACGAAUCCGUAAAUUAUCGAACGCUUUCCCAAGGAUAAACACUCUGGCAGAAAAUAAACGUGAAUGUAUGUUUAUAUUUGUACAAAAAAGAGAAGGAAAGGAAGAGAGAAUUAGACAUAAACGCUUAAGCGUAAACUAAGAAUGACUAUAAAUAAUUAUAAUAUAUGUACUAAUGCAAAGCAACAUCUUAAGAAUGCUAGGGUUUGACCAAAUAUGUACGUUCUGGUGGACAGAUUUGGUGUAGAUAGACACUCACUCCGUGCAAAAUUAUGUAAAAAUGUUAGAAUAUCCAUAAGUAAUGUUUUGUGUGUAAAAAAUGUUACUUCUGAAAUAUCUUAAAGGUGUGAGAAUCGAAUAGCAUAGAAUGACCACUAUGUUUGGCAGCGAGUUACACAGUUUCGAACGUUUCAAUUUGUUACUACGUUGCUUAUCGUCUACGAUUUGGUAGCAACGGGUACAACGUUCUUCGUACGCUCACUCGUGUACACGCGGCUGCCGCUGACUUGCAUUCUGCGAAUUCGAGUAUGCGGUCAGUCGUUUCGUGUCGUGUGGCAACGAUUAUGCCGGAUGAUCGUAGCCAGACCCGCAGCAUUUACGCGCGUACAACCACGACACAUGGGAAAAACUUUUAUGCGUGCCGACGAUGAACGUAAUCUAGCAAAACAUAAUUCGUUCAUGCGACGCCAUGUCUCAAGGAGAAUACCCAUCGACCAGAUUGUAGGUCGCAGACAUCGAACGUUACGUGCCUCUUAACAAGUUACAAACCAGGAGUACUACUACGUAGCCGGUAUUUUCCGUGUUGUCCAACUAAUAUAUCGAUAUGAUC